AAAAUAUUUAGACUAAAUAAACAUGAAAAAUGUUUAAAAUAAAAUUUCCCAAAUUGAAACAAAUACAAGAAAGAAGGUGGGUCGAAACAACAUUCGGAGCAGCGAACGUCUGAAAGACGUCUAUCUUGUCGUCAAGUAAUUCUAUUUUUUUGUGGUUUGAUCCAAAAGUCCAAUUUGGGUCCAUAGAUCGGUGGAGCAACUGGAAAAUCUGUUAGCUUGGAAGUUAUUGUUCUUUGCCUGAGCUACUAUUUUGGAGUCAGGUGCCUUCUUCUUAAUUUAGCUUGAGAAUGGAAAAUCCUGGAAAGAAGGUGUUGCUUACCUCCAACGGUGAUGAAAUUUGCAACAACAUUGCGUACCAUUUAGCUCAGAGGGGUUGCCAAUUGGUUUUGAUGGGAAAUGAGCGCCAAUUGAAGAGUGUAGCGGAGAAUAUAAAGCAAUCACUAAAGGGUAGUGUUGCCGUAGAAGUUGUGGGAUUGGAUAUGACGGAGGAUAGAGAAACUGCUUUUGAUGAAGCUGUGGACAAGGCAUGGAAGAUAUUUGGGAAGUUGGAUGCCUUGGUACACUGCUAUGCUUAUGAAGGGAAAAUGCAAGAUCCACUGCAGCUAAUUGAUGACGAGUUCAAAAAAAUUGUCAAAAUAAAUUUUAUGGCUGGAUGGUACCUGUUGAAAUGUAUCGGUAACAGAAUGCGAGACGGUAAAUCUGGAGGAUCCAUUGUAUUUAUGACCUCGAUCAUUGGUGCUGAGAGAGGAAUAUAUCAAGGAGCUGCUGCUUACGGUUCAUGUGCCGCUGGAAUUCAGCAGCUGGUUAGGUUAUCUGCAAUUGAAUUGGGGAAGUACCAAAUCAGGGUGAAUGGCAUAUUGCGUGGCUUGCACCUCGAGGAUGAGUUUCCUUUGUCAGUGGGUAAGGAGAGAGCAGUGAAGUUGACCAAGGAAGCAGCGCCUCUAAAUCGAUGGCUUGAUCCUAAAAAGGAUCUGGCUUCCACUGUCAUCUAUUUAAUCAGUGAUGAUUCAAGAUACAUGACAGGAACCUCCAUCUUUGUUGAUGGUGCCCAGUCUCUAGUGAGGCCGCGAAUGCGCUCAUAUAUGUGAACUUUUCUAAAUUAUAAUAUACAUGAAUGGAGAGCCAUAGACACUGGAAUUAUAUUAUAGUGUUGUGUAAAAACACAAGCAUAAGGAGAAGUACUAUGAGCUGUGUGGAUUUUCUUCUAUUGUAUUUGGUUUAAGGUUUCAAUAAUGAUGACAUUCUUCUUUUUCUCUUGUGAUUAAGUGAGAAUCUGUUGGUUCA